AUGGACAACACAACAGUGCUGACAUUCACAAUGACAGCAUAUGCUGUGAUGGAAAACCACAAACAUGGACUGUUUACUGUAUUCCUCCUGCUGUAUCUCAUCACCAUUACUUUGAAUUCACUGCUCGUUGUUGUCAUACGCCAAAACAAAGAGCUGCAUCAACCUAUGAAUGUGUUCACAUGUGUGUUAUCCAUCAAUGAAAUAUACGGCACCACUGCGUUAUUACCUGCGGUCAUGGCUGUGCUGCUGUCUGACAAACAUGAAACCAGUGUGCAGUGGUGUCUGGCUCAGGUCUACUUCCUACACACAUAUGCUUCUGCUGAGUUCUUUAUAUUAGCUGUUAUGGGAUAUGACAGAUAUGUUGCCAUCUGUUAUCCACUGCAUUACCACAGCAUCAUGUCUCAUUCAAAGAUAGGAAAGCUUGUUGCAUUAGCAAGUCUUUACCCCCUCAUUUUGUUUGCGUGUUAUUACGCUCUGACCUUACAGCUCAGCUUCUGUGGAAAACUAGUGCCAAAAUUAUACUGUGUGAACUUCGAAGUGGUCAAAAACGCGUGUUCAGAUCCAUCAUACAUAAGUAUAGUUGGGCUUGUGCUUAUUCUGGCUUUUGUUGUGCCUCAGGUUGGGAUGAUUUUUUUCUCCUAUGUACAAAUUGCAAGAGUGUGUCGAAGAUUAUUGAGACAAUCUCAAGGCAGUGCUCUUAAAACAUGUAUCCCUCAUUUAUUUUCUUUGAUGAACUACACCAUUGGCUCCAUGUUUGAAGUCAUCCAAACUAGAUUUAACAUGAGACAUGUAGCUGUUGAGGUACGGAUCUUCCUCUCUUUAUAUUUUGUCAUCAUCCCAUCAGUUUUCAACCCAGUGCUGUACGGACUGGGGACUCACUUGGUGAGGGUUCAUAUACUGAAACUGUUAUUUAGACAUAAGAUCCUGUCUAAAAAGCUAAAUAAGACACUGGUUGCAGGUUAA